AUGCUGUUACAACGUUUAAUAUUUUUUAUUGUGUGUAACAUCGUUUUGUACGAAGAAACGUGUUCCCGCAAGUUGCCACCCAUUCUAAGAAAAGCUAUGAACGUACUCUGGUAUGAUAAACCUGCACACGCAGUCAAGCGAAUGGUCACUUUUGUAGAAAAUGAAGGAAUGAGAGCAAAAUCGCUCGUGAACCAAACAGUGCACGCAUAUCAGGCUACAAGAAAAUUAGCCCAAAAACGAGUAAGAAAGUGGUGGAAAAAUUUCCAAGCUUCGAUAAAAGAUACACGCAAGACAGUCUCCAAUAAGUUAAAAGAGACCAGAGAUCUAUAUUGGGAUCCUCUUAUGGUAGAAUAA